UGGUCUCGAUUGGAUGGUGGCAGCCGAGGAAGAACUGCUCAAGCUGAAAAAUGAUAUGCAAGUCCUGGACAUUCACUUCUUCACCACCCGGAUGGCGUCGGAUCAAUUGGAGAAGGGUUUCCGGCAGAUUCUCCCGUUCGUCACAGCGGCGAUCGUGAUUCUCAUCGCCUUCUCGUCGCUCAGUCUCGUGAGCCUGGACUGUGUGGAAUCGAAGCCGGGCUUGGCCAUCAUGGCCGUCAUCUCCAGCGUCAUCUCCACUGUGGCUUCCAUGGGAUUGCUCAUCUAUCUUCAAGUCCCCUUCAUCGGGCUCAAUAAAAUCGCUCCCUUCCUCAUCCUAGGGAUCGGGCUGGACGACACGUUCGUGCUGGUGGCAGCAUGGAGAAGGACAAACCCGAGGAACUCGGUUGCAGAACGGAUGAGAGAGACGUAUUCUGAAGCGGCUGUUUCCGUCACGAUCACUUCCGUCACGGACGGCUUGAGUUUUCUCAUCGGCGCUCUUACGGACAUCCCCAGCAUCUACAUCUUCUGCAUGUAUACAGGGACGGCGGUGGUGUUCUUGUAUUUCUCCCAUUUGACCUUCUUCGGAGGCUUUUUGGCGUAUGUCGGCUAUGGAGAAAAGGCAAAUCGACACUCCAUCCUCUGCGUGAAGGUUCCUCCUCGCUCCCGGGACGGUAAGAUCCCUCCAGGUCGCAACAUAGAUAUCGCUGUCGAUCCUCCACCUAGCGGGCGCACAUCAACAACUCUUCCAUGGCCGAACAGCGGACUCAACGAGACACGCGAGCUACGU